GGACGGAACGCCGAAUUCUCCGCCCUAGCCUGGGUAGAGCGGUGAGAACGCUUGAAGAGGUUUGGCUUAUUGGACACACCGUAGACAGCGGUGCAUGCUGGGCCUUGGUAAUAUGGCGUCCUCCUUGAUGUGCUGAUGAGAGGAGUUUUCACUGUGGCUCCAGAGCAGAGGGCAAAACUCCCCUGACCUAAUAAGUCCAGUAUUCCUGUGUGGUCCGCUGGCCCGUGUCGCGCGUGUAUCAGGACUCGUUCCCGGGCAGGAGAGAGCCACGAAGCCGAAGGCCAGCACCCGCCAGGCCGCGCGGACCCAGGGCUGAGGAGCCGACUGCGGACGGGCACGAUGGGCCGGUCCUGGCUCAGGUUGCAGCCCCUCAGGCGAGUGCGGGACCCGCAGGGCUGAGAGCCGCUGGAGGAGCCCCGAAGCCCCCUGAGCGCGAUCCCCUGACGCCUCAGCCGAGCCAGCGCAAUCAGAGAACCCGCACUGCGAGCGGGACGGCCUGCCUGCCCUGGGAUCCACUGAGGCGUUGGAGGCCGAGAGCAGGGUCAUCCCCGGGCCUGAAGUCUCUCCCGCCUCUGACAGUCCGGCUUGCAGUCCUCCAGACGACCUCCUGGGCCGCGGGUGGCUUGCGACUGGGCGCGAGUGUCGGCGCAGCUCCUGGGGCUGCGGGGUUGGUUACCCCCGACUCUUCACCCCACCCCGCCCCCUCCGACUUCCCGCUCAGAGUUCGAGAUAAAGAUCUCCGAGUUUUUACCUGAAUAAGGAUCUUCGAGCACUCUGCCACCAUCUCUAUUCCCAACUUCCCGCUUUCCUGUAUUUCCUUUUACCAGUUCUGGUACACACUAGUUUUUAAGGCUGGAGGUUCUCGAGCGCUUGCUGCCAAGGACUCCCCCUCCCCCUCCCCCCCUGAUGGAGUCGGAGAUGCUGCAGUCGCCUCUAAUGGGACUUGGGGAGGAAGAUGAGGCAGACCUUACAGAUUGGAACUUGCCUUUGGCGUUUAUGAAAAAGAGACAUUGUGAGAAAAUUGAAGGCUCCAAAUCUUUAGCGCAGAGCUGGAGAAUGAAGGAUCGGAUGAAGACAGUUAGUGUGGCCUUGGUCCUGUGCCUGAAUGUGGGUGUGGAUCCUCCAGAUGUGGUGAAGACCACACCUUGUGCUCGAUUGGAAUGCUGGAUUGAUCCUCUGUCUAUGGGUCCUCAGAAAGCGCUGGAAACCAUCGGUGCAAAUCUACAGAAGCAGUAUGAGAACUGGCAGCCAAGGGCUCGGUACAAGCAGAGCCUUGACCCCACUGUGGAUGAAGUCAAGAAACUUUGCACAUCUCUGCGUCGGAAUGCCAAGGAGGAACGGGUCCUCUUCCACUAUAAUGGCCAUGGGGUGCCCAGGCCUACAGUGAAUGGAGAGGUCUGGGUCUUCAACAAGAACUACACUCAGUACAUCCCACUGUCCAUAUAUGACCUGCAGACGUGGAUGGGCAGCCCAUCCAUCUUUGUCUACGACUGCUCCAAUGCCGGCCUCAUCGUCAAGUCCUUCAAACAGUUCGCACUGCAGAGGGAGCAGGAACUAGAGGUAGCUGCAAUUAACCCAAACCAUCCACUUGCCCAGAUGCCCUUGCCUCCCUCAAUGAAAAACUGCAUCCAGCUGGCAGCCUGUGAGGCCCAUGAGCUCCUGCCGAUGAUCCCUGACCUCCCAGCCGACCUGUUCACAUCCUGCCUCACCACUCCCAUCAAGAUUGCUUUGCGCUGGUUUUGCAUGCAGAAGUGUGUUAGUCUGGUGCCUGGAGUCACACUGGAUUUGAUAGAAAAGAUUCCUGGCCGGCUGAAUGACCGGAGAACCCCUCUGGGUGAACUGAACUGGAUCUUCACAGCCAUCACAGACACCAUCGCCUGGAAUGUGCUCCCUCGGGAUCUCUUUCAAAAGCUUUUCCGACAGGACCUGCUGGUGGCAAGUUUGUUUAGAAAUUUUUUAUUGGCAGAAAGAAUCAUGAGGUCGUAUAACUGCACCCCAGUAAGCAGCCCACGACUUCCCCCAACAUACAUGCAUGCCAUGUGGCAGGCCUGGGACCUUGCUGUGGACAUUUGCCUCUCUCAACUGCCAACCAUCAUCGAAGAGGGAACUGCCUUCAGGCACAGCCCAUUCUUUGCUGAGCAACUGACGGCAUUCCAGGUGUGGCUCACCAUGGGUGUGGAAAACAGGAGCCCCCCAGAGCAGCUGCCCAUCGUCCUACAGGUGCUGCUAAGCCAGGUGCACCGGCUGAGAGCCUUGGACUUGCUGGGACGCUUUUUGGACUUGGGCCCUUGGGCGGUGAGCUUGGCCCUGUCGGUGGGCAUCUUCCCCUAUGUACUGAAGCUGCUUCAGAGCUCGGCCCGAGAGCUGCGGCCACUCCUUGUCUUCAUCUGGGCCAAAAUCCUCGCUGUGGACAGUUCAUGCCAGGCUGACCUCGUGAAGGACAACGGUCACAAGUACUUCCUGUCCGUCUUGGCAGACCCAUACAUGCCAGCUGAACACAGGACCAUGACAGCCUUCAUUCUUGCUGUAAUCGUCAACAGCUACACAACAGGGCAAGAAGCCUGCCUGCAGGGGAACCUGAUUGCCAUCUGUUUGGAGCAGCUCAGUGACCCACACCCCUUGCUACGCCAGUGGGUGGCCAUUUGCCUGGGAAGGAUCUGGCAGAACUUUGAUUCUGCAAGGUGGUGUGGGGUGAGAGACAGCGCCCACGAAAAGCUCUAUAGCCUCCUCUCCGACCCCAUCCCUGAGGUACGAUGUGCAGCUGUGUUUGCCCUUGGUACCUUUGUGGGAAACUCUGCUGAGAGGACAGACCACUCUACUACCAUUGACCACAAUGUGGCCAUGAUGCUGGCUCAGCUGAUUAAUGAUGGAAGCCCCAUGGUCCGGAAGGAGCUGGUGGUGGCUCUGAGUCACCUUGUAGUCCAAUAUGAGAGCAAUUUCUGCACUGUGGCCCUGCAGUUCAUGGAAGAGGAAAAGAACUACCCCUUGCCUUCUCCAGCAGCCACAGAGGGAGGGAGCUUGACUCCAGUUCGAGACAGCCCGUGCACCCCCAGACUCCGGUCAGUGAGCUCCUAUGGGAACAUCCGAGCCGUCACCACAGCUAGGAACCUGAACAAAUCUUUGCAGAACUUGAGCUUGACGGAAGAAUCGGGCAGCUCAGUGGCCUUCUCUCCUGGGAACCUCAGUACAAGCAGUAGUGCCAGCAGCACCUUGGGAAGCCCUGAGAACGAGGAGUAUAUCCUGUCCUUCGAGACCAUCGACAAGAUGCGGCGUGUGAGCUCCUAUUCAGCGCUCAACUCCCUCAUAGGAGUCUCCUUUAAUAGUGUCUACACUCAAAUUUGGAGAGUCUUACUGCAUUUGGCCGCUGAUCCCUACCCAGAUGUUUCUGACUUAGCCAUGAAAGUCCUCAACAGCAUUGCUUACAAGGCCACAGUCAACGCCCGGCCCCAGCGAAUCCUCGACACAUCCUCUCUCACACAGUCGGCCCCAGCCAGCCCAACCAACAAGGGCAUGCACAUCCACCAGGUGGGAGGUUCCCCGCCAGCAUCUAGCACCAGCAGCUGCAGCCUGACCAAUGAUGUGGCCAAGCAGACGGUCAGCCGUGACCUGCCCUCCAGCCGCCCGGGUACUGCCGGCCCCACAGGGGCACAGUACACCCCUCACUCCCACCAGUUCCCUCGUACACGAAAGAUGUUUGACAAAGGCCCUGAUCAGACCACAGACGAUGCAGAUGAUGCUGCCGGACACAAGAGCUUCAUUUGUGCCACUAUGCAGACGGGGUUCUGUGACUGGAGUGCCCGCUACUUUGCCCAGCCGGUCAUGAAGAUUCCUGAAGAGCAUGACCUAGAGAGUCAGAUCCGCAAGGAGCGUGAGUGGCGGUUCCUGAGGAACACUCGAGUCAGGAAGCAGGCACAGCAGGUUAUCCAGAAGGGCAUCACCAGACUGGAUGAUCAGAUAUUUCUGAACAGGAACCCCGGCGUUCCCUCCGUGGUCAAAUUCCACCCCUUUACACCAUGCAUAGCUGUUGCCGACAAGGACAGCAUCUGUUUUUGGGACUGGGAGAAAGGAGAGAAACUGGACUACUUCCACAAUGGCAACCCUCGGUACACCAGGGUCACUGCUAUGGAGUACCUGAAUGGGCAGGACUGCUCCUUGCUGCUGACAGCCACAGACGAUGGAGCCAUCAGGGUCUGGAAAAAUUUUGCUGAUUUGGAAAAGAAUCCAGAGAUGGUUACUGCGUGGCAAGGGCUCUCAGACAUGCUUCCAACAACACGAGGAGCUGGGAUGGUGGUGGACUGGGAACAAGAAACUGGCCUCCUCAUGAGCUCAGGGGAUGUGCGCAUUGUCCGGAUCUGGGAUACCGACCGGGAGACGAAGGUCCAGGACAUCCCCACGGGGGCCGACAGCUGUGUGACAAGUUUAUCUUGUGAUUCGCACCGCUCACUCAUUGUAGCUGGCCUGGGUGAUGGCUCGAUCCGUGUCUACGACAGGAGGAUGGCACUCAGUGAAUGCCGGGUCAUGACUUACCGAGAGCACACAGCAUGGGUGGUAAAGGCCUACCUGCAGAAGCACCCUGAGGGCCACAUCGUGAGUGUGAGUGUCAAUGGAGAUGUGCGAUUCUUCGAUCCUCGGAUGCCCGAGUCUGUGAAUGUAAUGCAGAUUGUGAAGGGGCUGACAGCCCUCGACAUCCACCCCCAGGCAAACCUGAUCGCCUGUGGCUCCAUGAACCAGUUCACAGCCAUCUACAACGGCAAUGGGGAGCUGAUCAACAACAUCAAAUACUACGAUGGCUUCAUGGGCCAGCGAGUCGGGGCCAUCAGCUGCCUGGCUUUCCACCCACACUGGCCUCAUCUGGCCGUCGGAAGCAAUGACUACUACAUUUCUGUGUAUUCGGUGGAGAAGCGUGUCAGAUAGCGGCACCUCGGACUCGUGCCAGGCUGCAGCCACCCUCUGCUGUACAUAGCGAACCAGCCUGCACUGCUCAGGAUCAGUGCCCACCUCCCACCCACCUGCAAACCCUGGCUCCUGGCCUGGCGUGGCCAGCUGAGCAGGGGCCUGCACACCCUCCCUUCUGUCUUCACUGUAAUGUGCAGGUCCAGAGCAGGGGAGGGUUUGACAUGGCUUCCCAUCGAGAACCAGGACCCAGGCACCAAGGGCCUUCUCAGUACAGCAUGGUCCUCUCCUGCCCUGUUUCCUUCUGAGGUUUUACAAAGGAACACAUUUGAUUUUUCCAUGCGAUCAAAGCAUUAGUCACAGGACAGACAGCACCCUGGAGAAAAGCUAUGUUGGGGCUUCUGUGGGCCAUGGCCCAGCCCCUCAGAGUAGGAAAGUAGAUGGAAGCAAUUGAGGGAAGAAGAGGGGGGAGGCCUCUCCUGCUACUCAAGGUAUGGAAGUGUGAGCCUGGCCCUCCUAGAGCACUGAGGCAGUCCAACACACUGGCUAUGUCAUGGUGGUAUGAGGAAAGGGGUCCCCAUCCUGCACAGCUAGAACCGAGGUCCAGUCUGGUCCCUCACAUGAGCUGGUGCAGGAGAGGGUCUGGUUCUGGGCAGAUGAGGCAGAUCUGUAGUCAGCGGCUGCCUCCCUCUGUCAGGCACAUUCUGAAGUGCUUCUGUCCCACAGGGCAGUAACAGUGGCCACAGCCCUGUCUCCUGCUUGUGCCAUACACAGGCACACACACAUGCAGGCACACAGCGUUCCCAUCCAUGCUUACAUGGGUGUCCUGGUCUUCCUGCCUGUGCACACUUGGGUGUGCAUUCGUGCAGGCCCACAGUCUCCCCUCCUGCACAUAUAUGGGCACUGUGGCCGGCCAUAUGCACACGCAUGCUGGCCUCACCAGGUUCAGAGACUACGCUGGGCCCAGAGGCUCGAGGGCAGCAUCAGCUGUGUUGGUGUGACUACUGAGGUUGCAUGACGCAGUCUGUGUUGUGGAGGAGUUCAGCAGUGUCCUGGUGUGCCUGACACGUGUCUGUGCACAUGCAAGUGAGGGACACUGCAUUGCUGAGCAGUUGCACACAAACAGGACACAACACAAUGAUGUUUUGAAAAGCAUUUUACGUUUUCCCUGGGAAUCAGGAUCUUUCAGAGGAGGACAAGCGCCCACAGGAGCCCGGGACACAGGUUGGGACAGCUGUGGCAGAGGCUGGGUCCCUGUGCUUGCUUGGUGGACCUGUUUUAGCCAAGAGCGUCUUCCCUGUGGAAGGAUCCCUACAGGCCAAGCAGGGCAAGCAGGACGGGAGGCGCUGGUGCUGCCCUGGAGAUGCACUCUCCCAACAUGGAGGAGCUUAGCGGAAGUCAUCCCCUCAGUUGGGCCGGACAGCAGUGUGGAGUCAGGACGGCCCUAGAACCACCUGACUUGCCACCUUCUCAGUUCUGCAGAGUGCUCCAGGGGGUGGGUAUCCUUGUCUAACUGGUGAUUCAGUUCAGCAGCCAAGGGCCCUGGUGGGCUGGGUCGCUUCCCUGCCCAGUGGAGCCAGUGUUUGCAUCUUGCCCAGAGGCUGGGCCUUCACAAGCCUGAUGCGAAAAUUCAAUCAUGAAGCUAACCAAGGCUCGAGAGAGCGCUGACCUAGAGUUCAUUGUCUCUAUUUAUUUUACCAAAAUGAGAGUUGAAAAGGACUGACAAGACACAGGACUGCAAUGGUGUCCAGAGCAGUGACAGCAGCAGAGUGUUAAUAAAGAAUAAAGCCGUGAGAA